CACAUCAGUCAUGGACGGACUGCACAUCGUUCUGUUGGUUAUCCUGGGAGCUUUUUCCUGCAGUCCCUGGAUUUCAGGAUCAGUGUUGGAGGUGACAGCCAGACCUGGAGACAACAUUACUGUCUAUUGUGACUGUAAACCACGAGUUGGAGAGUACAUAGUGUGGUUCAGAAAUUGUUCCCACGAGAACCAACCUUCUCUUGUGCUAACUGUAUUCAGUCGUGGUGACUGGGACAACCGUCAGAAACCUUCUCGUUUUGAAUUUGUGAGGAACCUUUCCAAUAACUCUUAUGACCUGUUAAUCACGAACAUCUCUGGUUCUGAUGAGGGCUUGUACUACUGUGGAACUAAAGAGGAGAAGGUGGAAGUUAAAGAAAAAGUUGUCUCAAAAACUAUUUACAAAUACGGCAACAUCACAAGUAUCAAAGUUGGAAAGGACAUACCAGAGAAAAGCAGCAUCCUUCUGGUGCCAGUUGUGUCCGCGAUCUCGGGUUUGGGUCUCUUCUCUCUCCUUUACAUCACUUUUAUUCACUUCUGCCAAAAAGCAGAUCAAGAACCUCAAAUUUACCUGAAUCAUCUAAACACCAGAGGACAAACUAAAUCAAACCUGGAUGAAGACAUGUUUUUAACAAAAGUUGUGUUCCAAGCUCAGAAAAAACAAGCACAUCACCAGUUAGAGGACGAUAGUUUUAGUCAAGAAAAAAAGGUGUAAAAAGUAUAUUCAGGCGUUUUUUUGUGUUUAUUUUCAUGUAAAUGCCAAAAGAGACAAAUGCCAAACAGUUGCAACAUAUAUCAGGGUAUUUAACGUUACUAUGCUAUUAAGCAUUUGAGACUUGUGUUGGUUUUUUUUCUGUGAUUGAUAGCAUUGUGGAAAUCAUGCAUAGAAAAAUAAACAUUGUCAAAUGGUGUUUGAGUAACAAACUUUCACAAGAACCAAGCUGUUCUCUGAGGGAUGGAGAUCGCAAACAUCAAGUACUUACAAUAAAGGUGAUCAAAAUGCACAGGAAUUGAAAAAAUAGUGCAGUUACAGGAGUAACACAUUUGUCCUAUGAUUUGAUAAAUUUAAGUAUUAUUUAAAAACACAGCCAUGUUUUUAUUAUUCCCAACUCAGAGUUGUUUAUUAUUUCAAGAAAGACAUCUCAAAGAUGUAAGUGACAAAUGGAAGUGGUGAAAAUGUUUGGGAACUGAAAAAGAAAAAAUAUAUCUUUAAUUUAAUUAACCUUGUAGACAUUUGGAAGGGUGGUGUUUUGAUAAACACGGCCUAUUUUAUUGUUACAACAUUCACUAUUCACUUCAUUGUUAUAAGAAUUAAUGGUCAAUUAAUUUUUUAUCAAAAGUAAUUUUUUGUUUCUUCUGCCUCAGAGUAACCUGCGCAGAAGCAGAGUUGGUUUUCAUGGCAUUGAUUUCACUCAUUAAAUGUUUUAUUCGUCAAAGCUAGCAACAAAGUAUAAUUCAUAAAAUGUGCAAAUCCACCAGGUCUGCAUGAAAAGAAAAUGAAGGCUCAUGACAAAUCACCUUAUAAGCCUGAU